AGGUUGGGGUUGGGGUCACCGCCCGCCCGCCCGCCGGACGCGCCAGCGACAGCGACGAAUCAAUCAAUCCGCCUCGUUUUGCCGCCGGGCCGGGCCGCGCCGCGCCGAUCCGGUCAGCGCGCGCGUCACGCCCCACUCCCCCGCUCCCGCCCCCGCUCCCUCUCCCCGUCGGCUAUUGCGGUCCGACGCGGCGCGCGCCUCCACUCCCGCCCGCCCUCGCUGUCCGUGGCGGGCCUACCUCACGCGGCCGGCAGUUGGCAACCGUGGCCGCGCGGGCAGGCGGGCGGAGUCCUCCCUCCCCCACUUUCCGCUCCCACCACCUCCUCCUCCCUUUCCCCUUCCCCCACGGAGAGGAGAGGAGCGGGAUCCUUCCCAACCCCACCUCCCGCCCCGGCCCGGCCGCCACCCUCCAUUUUCUUUUCCGAGCUCGAAUCAAGUCCCCUCGCCCUGCCGCAGCUGCCGCCGCGGCCUAGCCCUUGACUCUUCUCCACGACGCUCCCCCGCUGUCUUUUGACCGCUCCAAACUUGCUUCUCUUCCCCCGUGAUCGCGGCUAGCCAUGGGGUUAUGAGUGACACAGCGCUUGCUUUGGACGCAGCUGUUCGUCCGUCCGGCAGCGGCACGGCACCCGCUGCCGCAUCAUAACCGCCGGCCUGCCCUUUCUGCUCCAUCUGGGAAGUUAACUCCUCCCGAAAUUCCCUUCUUUCGGUACCCCUGGGAAAAGGGGAGGAAAAGGCGCCAUCUUUUCCGAUCCCAGCUUCAGCUUCAGAGGCACACCAUCUUCCCCUGAUCGCUCACGCGGCAGGCUUCCAGCUUCAGGGAUCGAGUGAAGCUCUUCUUCUUCCCGAGCGGAAUUAAAGCUCUGGUGCACCUGUUUUGAGCUCAGGCAGCAGAUCCCCGCGCCGGAGGGGGAUCUUCUCGCUGACAGAGUCAGACGGUCUCGGUCCAACUGCUCCCGUGGCUCUGCCUAAGCUCUGUUCCAGUUUGGGGGCUCCGUCUGCUCUGCUGCGGCCUCGAUGGACGGCCUCCCCGACGCGGCGCCGCCCGCGCCGACGCCGCAGCAGCAGCCGAAGCGGGACGAGUGGAGCGAGAGCGGCAUCUCGCGCCUGCUGGAGGCCUACGAGGCCAAGUGGCUGCUCCGCAACCGGGCCAAGCUCAAGUGGAGCGACUGGGUCGACAUCGCCCACGACGUCUCCGCCCACUGCUCCUCCUCCGACCACGCGGCCUCCAAGCCCGGCGCCGCUGCCGGGGGCACCGCCAAGACGCCCAACCAGUGCAAGAAUAAGGUCGAGUCCAUGAAGAAGCGCUACCGGGCCGAGUCCGCCGCCGCCACGCGCGCCGGAGUAGCCGGGGCGGCCAGCGCCUCCGGUGGCCCGUCGUGGCGCUUCUUCGGCCGCAUGGACGGGCUGCUCAAGGGGCCGGCCGCCGGCUGCUCUGGCCAGCCGCAGGCGCAACCGGAGCCGAGUAGCGAUGGCAUGGUCCAGCUGCCGCGAGCACCGCCGAAAGCAGAGCCGGAGGUCGACGCCGAAGCGGACACCGCCCUCCAGCAGCCGCCGGACACAGCAGGGCCGCCCGUCGCGCUCUCCAAGCUACUCAACGCAGACGCCAACGGCUCCGCAACGGUGAAGGCCGAGAAGACCGUCGAUCUGGCCACGCACAAGGAGAGCAGCAGGGCGGCUGACAGCGACGCCGAAAAUGUGAGCUCUCCGCGGAGCAAGGAGGUGGAGGUGGAGGCGAACGAUGACGGCGCCGAGGAGGUGGACACGCCGAGAAAGAGGAAGAGCCCGGAGCUGGACGUCGCGAGGAGCAUCGAGCUGCUGGCGAGCUCGUUCCUGAAGAUCGAGCGGGCCAGGCUGGAGGUGUACCGGGACACGGAGAGGAUGCGGGCCGAGGCAGAGGUGAAGAAGGGCGAGAUGGAGCUGAGGAGGACGGAGAUCAUGGCCAAGACGCAGUUGCAGAUCGCCAGGCUCUUCGCCAAGCGGCUCAAGGAGUGCGUCGGCGGUAAUGGUGGCAGCUCGUCUCAAGUGGACACCCUUGCCAAGAAAGGCGAAAAUGGUUCAGGGUGACUGGCCAAUCAGAACACCUGUGAACUGUGAUUCUCUUCCCCUGGCGUCGCACUCCAUUCAUGUGCGGAAAAUGUAUGUCGAUUGAUUUAGCCUCACCAUGAGAGUGAAGGCAUAGUGUAGCCAUAAAUAUCGAAACGCAAUAACGGAAGCGUCGGUGCCCCUUUCCAGCAGGGUGUUAGAAGAUGCAGUUUUACAAUCAGGAGUAGUUUGCUAGUCCGAAAAUUUGUCAACUUGCAUUCCUACUGAAACUGUUUUACUGACAACCAUUGUAAGAUGCUGUGGUUCUCUCGCAGUGCUGAAAGCCGGAUGCUUCAGGUGGUA